AAGGCUUCUGAGAAGACUGGUGGGAGAGGAGAGCCUGCAGACAGAGGCCUCUAGCUUGGUCUGUCUCCCCACCUCUACCAGCAUUUGCUGAGCUAUGAGCCAAACCAGGGAUUUACAGGGAGGAAAAGCUUUUGGACUGCUGAAGGCCCAGCAGGAAGAGAGGCUGGAUGAGAUCAACAAGCAAUUCCUAGACGAUCCCAAAUAUAGCAGUGAUGAGGAUCUGCCCUCCAAACUGGAAGGCUUCAAAGAAAAAUACAUGGAGUUUGACCUUAAUGGAAAUGGUGAUAUUGAUAUCAUGUCCCUGAAGCGAAUGCUGGAGAAACUUGGGGUCCCCAAGACUCACCUAGAGCUAAAGAAAUUAAUUGGAGAGGUGUCCAGUGGCUCCGGGGAGACGUUCAGCUACCCUGACUUUCUCAGGAUGAUGCUGGGCAAGAGAUCUGCCAUCCUAAAAAUGAUCCUGAUGUAUGAGGAAAAAGCGAGAGAAAAGGAAAAGCCAACAGGCCCCCCAGCCAAGAAAGCUAUCUCUGAGUUGCCCUGAUUUGAAGGGAAAAGAGAUGAUGGGAUUGAAGGGGCUUCUAAUGACCCAGAUAUGGAAACAGAAAACAAAAUUGUAAGCCAGAGUCAACAAAUUAAAUAAAUUACCCUCCUCCUCCA